AGGCAAGCAGCGUAGCAGAAGAGUGACCGAUAGGUUUUCGCUUGUGUAAAUUUUCCAGCACAGUCUCUCUUUUUAAGCCGGUCUAUCAGAAAGCUCUUUUCUUUUCAGCAGGCGACGAUACAGAGAGGAAAUCCCACUCCACAGUCUCGUCACCUUGAACCAUUCCCAAACUAUUGAACGCGCCUUUUUGACAUUGUCACCGGAAAAAGCAACAAAGAGUAAGCCAACAAGAUGUCCACCGACUUUUGUUACACCCUCGUCCAUCAGGAUGACGCGACAGAGCAACCCAGCCUUCAAGAAUUCCAACGGGCUUUCGAGAGAGGCUCGGAUGAAGCUCGUAUCAAGACCAUGAAGAAACUCUUGGUCAUCAUGCUCAACGGAGAUCCCAUGGAAAAGUUGUUGUUACAUGUCAUCCGCUUCGUUUUGCCCUCCAAGAACAAACAACUCAAGAAGCUCUUGCACUUUUACUGGGAAAUUUGCCCCAAAACCAAACCGGAUGGCAAGCUCAAAGAAGAAUUUAUUCUUGUUUGCAAUGCCCUGAGAAACGACUUGCAACAUCCCAACGAAUACAUUCGCGGUGCCACCCUACGAUUCUUAUGCAAAAUCAAAGAAGCCGAAGUCUUGGAGCCUCUGGUCCCGUCCGUGAGACCUUGUUUGGAACAUCGCCAUUCCUACGUUCGCAAAAACGCCGUUUUCGCAAUUGGUGCCAUUUUCAAGCACUUUGACGUUUUGUUUCCUGAUGCUCCCGAAGUGAUUCACAACUUCUUGAUUUCGGAAGCGGACCAAACCUGCCGACGCAACGCUUUUGCCGUUCUCUGCAAUAUAAGCAAAGAACUGGCCGUGGAAUACCUGCUACAGAACAUCAAUAUCGUCUCAUCGUUUGACGAGUUACUUCAACUAGCCGUCAUCGAACUUAUCCGCAAAGACAGCAAAACCAACGCAGCAGCCAAGAAUGCAUAUAUUCGAUGUGUGUCUGAGCUUUUGAGCGCCCCAUCGCAUUCUGUGAAAUAUGAAGCGGCUAAUAUCCUGAUGUUCCUUACUUCCAAUCCUGCCGCCGUCAAAGCGGCUGCAUCAUGCUACAUCGAACUGAUCGUCAAGGAGUCGGAUAAUAAUGUAAAAUUGAUCGUAUUGGACCGCUUGAAGGAUAUUCAAUCAAAGCAUGAACGUGUGUUGGAUGAUUUGGUGAUGGACAUUUUGCGUGUCCUCUCAAGUCCUGAUAUUGAAGUGCGUCGCAAGGCGCUUCGUAUUGCUUUGGAAAUGGUGUCUUCGUCGAAUGUCCAAGAAAUGGUUCUUUUCUUGAAGAAAGAACUCAGCAAGACCCACGACCAAGAAUACGAAAAGAACACGGAAUACCGUCAACUGUUGAUUCAAUCCAUCCACACAUGCGCUAUCAAAUUCUCGGAUGUGGCGGCCAACGUUGUUCACGUGUUGAUGGAAUUCUUGGGCGAUUCCAACAAUCCUUCGGCGGUGGAUGUGAUUGCGUUUGUCCGUGAGGUCGUAGAAAAGUUCCCCAACCUUCGGGCAUCGAUUCUCGACAAAUUGCUGGAAACGUUCAUGGAUAUGAAAUCCGGCAAGGUGUUCCGCGGCGCAUUGUGGAUCAUUGGUGAAUACUGUGAAAGUGUCAAGGAGAUCGACGACGCAUGGCAACAAAUUCGUGAGGCUUUGGGCGAAAUCCCUAUUUUGGCCUCCGAACAACGCUUGUUGGAAGCCGAUGAAGCCGAAGAAAAAGGUCCAGAGGAAGAACACAAGGCAGUGCCUUCUGGCUCGGCCGCUCCUCGCCGCGUUCUUCCCGAUGGUACUUAUGCUACGGAAAGUGCUUACACUGCCCCUUCGGGCACGUCUAGCAAGCUGGAUGCCAUCAAAUCGGCGACCAAACCACCGCUUCGUGCUUUGCUUCUUAACGGCGACUACUUCCUCGGUUCCGUCUUGGCCACCACGCUCACCAAAUUGGUCUUGCGCUAUAGCUCGCUCGUCUCGGACGCUGCCCUUGCCAAUGGCCGCAAAGCAGAGGCCAUGUUGAUUAUGACCAGUAUUAUUCGAGUGGGUCAAUCCCAAUUCGUCGCUUAUCACAUUGAUGAAGACUCCUAUGACCGUAUCAUGCAAGAACUGCGUGUGGUCGGUAGCCAUACACACGAAAAGGUGGUUGAGAAUGUAUAUCUUGAAGAAACCAGAGCCGCCUAUGCCAAGCAAGUGCAUGCGGAAGAGCAACGUGCGGCUGAUUUGCGAGCAAAGGAUAAAGCGAGCGUUCAGAUCCAAGUGGACGAUGCAAUUGUCUUUAGACAAUUUACCAAGAAGGGCGGUGAUACUGCUGCUGACGAGUACGAACAAGAUUUAUCUCGUGCUACGGGUGUGUUGGAUGCCAAGGACGAUUUGAUCUCCAAGCUGAACCGCAUUGUUCAGUUGACCGGUUUCUCGGAUCAAGUAUACGCAGAAGCGGUGGUCAAUGUGCAUCAAUACGACAUUCUUAUGGAUGUAUUGAUCGUGAAUCAAACGGCUGAAACACUCCAGAACCUUACAGUUGAAUUUGCGACAUUGGGCGAUCUGAAAUUGGUGGAUCGACCAGCAACACACAAUUUGGGACCGCAUUCAUUCCUUACGAUCAAAGCACCUAUCAAGGUGUCUUCUACUGAGACCGGGGUCAUUUUCGGAAACAUCGUUUACGAUUCGCACGGCACCUCGGAAAGCAACUGCAUCGUGCUCAAUGAUAUCCAUAUUGAUAUUAUGGAUUAUAUCAAUCCUGCCUCGUGUACGGAAACCCAGUUCCGCAGCAUGUGGACCGAAUUUGAAUGGGAGAACAAAGUCAAUGUCAACACAAAUAUCUCCGAUUUGCGAGCUUACUUGAAUCACAUCAUGGCAUCGACCAACAUGAACUGCUUAACACCUGAGAAGCAAUUGGAAGGCGAUUGCGGUUUCUUAUCUGCAAAUAUGUAUGCUCGCAGCAUUUUUGGCGAAGAUGCACUGGCAAACCUUAGCAUCGAAAAGACCGGUGAGGGUCCCAUCACAGGUCACAUUCGCAUCCGUAGCAAGACGCAGGGUAUUGCCCUUAGUUUAGGAGAUAAAAUUACUCUCGCCCAAAAGACAGCUGCUUAAAAAGUUGAUAAAAGAAAACCCCCAAACAUCCGCCGAAUAUAAUAAAACCCCAAGAUAU